CGACCUCAGCACUCUAACGCCGCAGCAUUGUUGCCAGGGAGUGGGUGAGUCACAUCAUUGGUGUCAGACUUGGCUGCUAUCACAGGAGUUUCGUGGUAGUGAAGCUACGUCUAUAGCGCCGUUUAGCAGUACCAGCACAACGUGUUGUGAGAAACCAGCCGCCUAGAGACCUGUGACAAUGGCAGCGACGGACAGCGAACCUAUACUGAGUGGGCCCAGAGACGACUGGCCCCGCCUCGACGUUCAUCUGUCAACACGCUUGGUGCGCAGUCUUGUCGGCAUGGGCGAUCGCAUAGUGCAGGUGUACCCAGAGGCUGGAGGCGGCGCCAAGGAGGUGAGUGCUCACUGGCUGCUGCAGCGCGCGGCCGCGGAGGACGCGGCGCUGCGAGUCGGCGCCGGCGACAUGGUUGUGGCCUGCUGCAGCUGGAGCCCGCACCUCGCGCCGCUGAUGCUGGCAACAAUCGCGCGCGACGCCAUCUUCGUCCCUCUCAACCCGGACCAGCCCACAGAGGACCUGCGACGGCUGCUGGUGCGGCUGUCCCCCGCGGCGGUGCUGUGCGAGGAGGCGGCGCUGGGGGCGGUGUCUGCGGCCAGCCCCGUGCAGCCGCAGCCGCUGGGCGCCGCCGCCCCCGUGCCAGCAGCAGACGUGCAGCGCUUCGUGACCCAGCAGCUGUCGCGGCCGCCGCCUAAGGGGGAGGACGCGCGCCGACCCGUCAUCGCGCUACACAGCUCGGGCACCACGGGCGACCCCAAGACCAUCCUGCACUCCCAGGCCAGCUUUUCUUCACUGCUCGACGUCAUCAGGAGGAAAGACUCAAACUACCGUGAGGGUGAUGUGUUCGUGAUAAACACGCCAUUCUUCUGGGUGACACAAGUAGUCGCCACGCUGAUGUCGAUGGAUUUCCCUGUCAAAGUGGUGGCAGUAAAAGGCAUGGACCCCGCAGCCUUUCGUGACGCAAUACAAAAAUACCAGGCAACGACCGUGCUGACCCCGCCGCACGUGUGGACGCGGUUGACGAAGAUGGAGGACUCGACCCACGAGCAGUUCCGGUCGCUGCGCUUCCCGGUCAGUUCGGGCUCCACGCUGGACUCGAGCAAGGCGGCGCUGCUGCACGAACGGCUGGGCCUGCGCAUGGCUCAGUGGUACGGCACUUCAGAGGUGCUCCCCAUAGCCGGAAUCACCAGGGGCGAGGGGGGAGCGCUGCCGCCCACUGGGUCCGUGGGCCGCAUCAACGCCUACACGCAGGCCAGGGUAGUGGACGUGGAGACGGGCCGCACACUGGGACCUGGCCAGGAAGGCGAGCUGCACUUCCGUGGGCCCACAGCCUGCAACGCGGUGGGCCCGGACCAGUGGUUCAACACCGGGGACAUCGGACACUACGAGCCCGCCGGCUGGAUAUUCGUCGUGGACCGCGUCAAGGAGCUCAUCAAGUUCCAGGGCAUACAUGUGUCUCCCUCAGAGAUCGAGUCUGUGCUGGUCUCGCACCCGGCCGUGGCGGACGCCGUGGUGCUGGGGAAGCCGCACCCCACAGACACGGAGCACCCCACCGGCUUCGUCGUCCUGCGGCCCGGCGCCUCCGUCACGCGACAACAGCUCGUCGACCUGGUGGCUGACAAGCUGUCCAGCUACCCGUACAAGCACCUACGGGGCGGCGUCCACUUUGUGUCAUCCAUCCCUAGGACGGUGGUGGGCAAAGUGAAGAGGGCGAACCUCCUGCAGACUCUCACCGCACAAGCCGAGCAGACGGCGCAGUGAAGGCAGCCGUCGUAUCAGCCAGUGAUCUGAGAGCACUCACAAGUAGUCACUGACGAGUCAAGAGAGUUCCCUACUAUUCUACUGUGGUAUCAAAGCAUUACUCAUGUUACAAAGUGAUUAACACAUCUCUGGUUUCCUUAUUAAUAAAGUCGUAAUUGUCUAUA